AGCCGUGCGGAUCAUUAUCUUCUCCCAAGCAAUUUAUAGGCGUGUAGCCCCGCCAGCUCAAUCACCUCUCGUCCAUUCUUAAACUCCGCAUUAAAUAUCAUCCAUUGAACUAUUGAAGGAAAGUGCAUUCAUUUCUUAAUCUCCCCGCUGAUUAUUGUUUCUGGGUUUUCAUAAAGAUUUGGAUUUGAAACGAAGGGAACGAGCGAGGAAGACGGAGAACCAGUCGCCAUGAUCAAUCGCCUUCUCGGAUGCACCCUUAAGACAGCUUCCUACAAGGCUGGCUCCUAUGUAAAGUAUCUUCCUGGGGCUAAUGGUUUGCAUGGAUCUAUUAUUCAUGGCCAUUCUCCAGCUAGAUGGAGUAGUACAGAGGCAUCUGAUGGCAAAGGAUUCAAGGGUCAUGAUAUGUUAGCACCCUUUACUGCUGGGUGCCAGACCACUGGUCAGGAUCCCUUAGUAAUUGAAAAGUCUGAGGGUUCCUAUGUAUAUGAUGUAAAUGGGAAGAAAUAUCUUGAUGCUCUUGCUGGUUUAUGGUGCACAGCUUUAGGGGGCAGCGAACCCCGCCUUGUUGAUGCUGCUACAAAGCAGCUGAAUACGUUGCCAUUUUAUCACUCAUUUUGGAAUCGUACAACAAGGCCGUCUUUGGACCUUGCCAAGGAACUUCUGGAGACAUUUACUGCAAAGAAAAUGGCAAAAGCAUUUUUCACCAAUAGUGGAUCAGAAGCAAAUGACACACAGGUGAAGUUGGUCUGGUAUUAUAACAAUGCACUUGGUAGGCCAAACAAGAAAAAAUUCAUCGCUCGUGCAAAAUCGUAAUGUGACUUUUAGAUGUGUUUUAUUUUAUUAUUUCCUCCGCCCUAAUUUAUGGUUCCCACCUACUUUAUUUGGGUGUCUCAUAAUAAUCUCAUUCUUUUUUA